AUGCAGAUUUUCGUCAAGACCCUUACCGGCAAGACCAUCACCCUCGAAGUCGAGUCGUCGGACACGAUCGACAAUGUCAAGUCCAAGAUCCAGGACAAGGAGGGUAUCCCCCCUGACCAGCAGCGAUUGAUCUUCGCUGGUAAGCAGCUCGAAGAUGGCCGAACUCUCUCGGACUACAACAUCCAGAAAGAAUCUACUCUCCACUUGGUGCUCCGUCUCCGUGGUGGUAUGCAGAUCUUUGUCAAGACUUUGACCGGCAAGACUAUCACUCUGGAAGUCGAGUCUUCCGACACCAUCGACAAUGUGAAGAGCAAGAUCCAGGACAAGGAAGGCAUCCCUCCCGACCAGCAGCGUUUGAUUUUCGCCGGAAAGCAGCUCGAAGAUGGUCGCACUCUCUCCGACUACAACAUCCAAAAGGAGUCUACUCUCCAUCUCGUUCUCCGACUCCGAGGUGGUAUGCAGAUUUUUGUCAAGACCUUGACGGGAAAGACCAUUACCCUCGAGGUUGAGUCUUCGGAUACCAUUGACAAUGUCAAGUCCAAGAUCCAGGACAAGGAAGGUAUUCCUCCUGAUCAGCAACGACUGAUCUUCGCUGGUAAACAACUUGAAGAUGGCCGAACCUUGUCCGACUACAACAUCCAGAAGGAGUCUACCCUCCACUUGGUGCUCCGUCUUCGUGGUGGUAUGCAGAUCUUUGUCAAGACUUUGACCGGAAAGACCAUCACUUUGGAAGUGGAGUCUUCCGACACCAUCGACAACGUGAAAAGCAAGAUUCAGGACAAGGAGGGUAUCCCCCCUGACCAGCAGCGGUUGAUCUUUGCCGGAAAGCAGCUCGAGGAUGGCCGAACCCUUUCUGAUUACAACAUCCAGAAGGAAUCCACCCUCCACUUGGUGCUCCGUCUCCGUGGUGGUAUGCAGAUCUUCGUCAAGACAUUGACUGGAAAGACCAUCACUCUUGAAGUCGAGUCCUCCGACACCAUCGACAACGUCAAGUCAAAGAUUCAGGACAAAGAGGGCAUUCCCCCCGAUCAGCAGCGAUUGAUCUUCGCUGGUAAGCAGCUUGAAGAUGGCCGAACCCUCUCGGACUACAACAUCCAGAAGGAAUCCACCCUCCACUUGGUGCUCCGUCUUCGUGGUGGUAUGCAGAUCUUUGUCAAGACUCUUACCGGCAAGACCAUCACCCUCGAGGUCGAGUCUUCCGACACCAUCGACAAUGUCAAGAGCAAGAUCCAGGAUAAGGAAGGUAUCCCCCCUGACCAGCAGCGAUUGAUCUUUGCCGGCAAGCAGCUCGAAGAUGGCCGUACUCUUUCCGAUUACAAUAUCCAAAAAGAGUCUACCCUCCACCUUGUCUUGCGUCUUCGUGGUGGCCAAUAG